AAAAUGGGAAACUGUCAAGCGGUGGACACUACCAGAAUCGUGAUACAACACCCAAAUGGUAAAGAAGAAAUGCUAAGCUGUCCAGUUUCUGCUAGCUAUGUGAUGAAGAUGAAUCCUGGCCAUUGUGUUGCUCUUCUCAUCUCCACCACCGCUCUCUCUGCCUCUCCCGGUCAUGGAGGACCUCUUCGGCUCACCAGGAUUAAACUCCUCCGUCCCACAGAGACGCUUGUUCUUGGCCACGUCUACAGACUCAUCACCACCAAAGAGGUUAUGAAAGGCUUAAUGGCGAAGAAAUGUUCCAAGUCGAAGAAAGAAGGUAAGAUGUCGGAAGAUAAGGUAGCGAUGGUGAAAGCAUUUAGCUCGAACAAGCUUGACAAUGAAGAUCAGAUGAAAAAGCAAGAGAAAGAAAGACCACUAAGAAUCUCAAGAUCAUGGCAGCCUUCUCUUAAAAGCAUAGCGGAAGGAGGUUCAAGCUGAAGAAAGUCUAAAACUUUGGGGAACAUUCAAAAGAACCUUUGACAAAAGCUGGUCCCUUGUAAUGUGUGAAAUUAAAGUGAUAAAUUUGGACGCAAUCAUUCAUUUAUUUGACCGAA